AUACCAUCUUAUCUUAUCUAAUACUACUAGUAUUAUUUACUAACUGAUCUAUUUAAAAUUUUAAAUCCCAACAUUUAACCUCAUCCAUAAUUAUCCAAUUACUCUCUCUUUCAAUCUGAAAAGAGAUUCUUCCUCAUUACACAUGCAACAACAACUCUCCCUCCAUUCCACUAUAAAUAAAUCUCAUCACCAACACAAAAUCUCAAACGCAAACAUAAAACAAACUCAUUCUGUCACUCACUCAUUCAUUCACCAUGGAGCCUCUUUCUUCCACCAAACAAAAUAAUCAUAAUAAUCUUACUAAACCUUCUUCUCUCCAUGUUGAAACUCCACCACUUGAUGAACCCAGUCCUCUCCGUAAAAUCAUGGUGGUUGCUUCCAUCGCCGCCGGUGUUCAAUUCGGUUGGGCACUUCAACUUUCUCUUUUAACUCCUUACGUUCAGUUACUCGGUAUCUCUCAUACUUGGGCCCCUUACAUUUGGCUUUGCGGCCCAAUUUCCGGUAUGCUUGUCCAACCGAUUGUCGGUUAUCACAGCGACCGUUGCACUUCACGCUUCGGUCGUCGUCGUCCAUUCAUCGCUGCCGGUUCAUUUGCCGUCGCGAUCGCCGUUUUCUUAAUCGGUUACGCCGCCGAUCUCGGACACAUGUUCGGCGAUAAUCUAGAAAAAAAAGUCCGUCCACGUGCAAUCGGAGUCUUCGUCGUCGGAUUCUGGAUCCUCGACGUUGCUAACAAUAUGCUUCAAGGUCCUUGCCGUGCACUUCUCGGCGAUCUCUGCGCCGGUAACCAACGCAAAACGAGAAACGCAAACGCGUUUUUCUCGUUUUUUAUGGCCGUCGGUAAUAUUCUCGGUUACGCCGCCGGUUCAUACAGUAAACUUUAUCACAUGUUUCCGUUCACUAAAACUAAAGCAUGUAAUGUUUACUGUGCAAAUCUAAAAAGCUGUUUCUUCCUCUCAAUCGCUUUGUUAACCUUUUUAGCCACCGCAGCUUUGAUUUACGUGAAAGAAAAAGCAAUCACGACGGAGAAAACGGUUACAGAUGAAGUAGACGGUGGUGGUGGUGGUAAUAGUAUGCCAUGUUUUGGGGAAUUAUCCGGUGCUUUUCGUGAACUAAAGAGACCUAUGUGGAUUUUAUUAUUAGUGACGUGUCUUAAUUGGAUUGCUUGGUUUCCUUUUUUGUUGUUUGAUACUGAUUGGAUGGGGAAAGAAGUUUAUGGAGGAACGGUUGGGGAAGGUAAAGCGUAUGAUAAGGGUGUACGUACGGGUGCAUUAGGACUUAUGUUAAACUCAGUCGUUUUGGGUGUGACUUCAUUGGGAGUUGAUGUGUUGGCGCGUGGAGUUGGGGGCGUGAAGAGGUUAUGGGGAAUAGUUAAUUUUGUGCUUGCGAUUUGUUUGGGUAUGACGGUUUUGGUUACUAAAUUGGCUCAACAUUCACGACACUAUGUUGAUGGUAGUAUUGAUCCUCUUCCACCUUCCGCCGGUGUUCAGGCCGGCGCGUUGGCUCUCUUUUCCGUUCUCGGAAUUCCUCUUGCGAUUACUUACAGCGUACCCUUUGCUCUAGCAUCUAUAUUCUCAGCAACCUCAGGAGCAGGCCAAGGGCUAUCACUAGGAGUUCUCAAUCUUGCAAUUGUCAUACCACAGAUGAUUGUCUCUGUUCUGGGUGGACCAUGGGAUGCUCUAUUUGGAGGAGGUAACCUGCCAGCUUUUGUGGUGGGUGCCAUCGCAGCUCUAGCAAGUGGCAUACUAUCCAUAAUCUUACUGCCAUCUCCACCACCAGAUUUGGCCAAGUCGGUAGGCACUUCCGGAGGAGGCUUUCAUUAAACAGUGGAACAUUUUCUUCAUGUGCAUCUUUUUUGUCCCGGUGUUUAAUAUCAAAGAAGAUAAAAAAAAAAUCCAGAAUGUUUUUCUUUUUAAUUUUAAUUUGAAGCCGUUGUGUAGAAAGCUUUUUAGAUUCCAACAAAAUGCUCUAGAAUUGCCAUUUUUAUGGCAUAAAUGACUAAUAACCAGUCAUUUUGAAUUGUAAAGUUUGAUGAGAGGCUGUAUACAGAUCCUGUUCUAUCUAUAGCAGGAAUCAGCCCUUUCUUUAUUUAUGUGAUCUUUGUUACAUUUUGGAUGCUUAGAGGAUAAUCUAGUGAUGAAGUAAACAUGCCUAUAUUGCAUGUUUAAUCCAUUAAUAAUACUUAUGGGAGAAAGUUCUUUCCUA